AUGGCUCAGAAAGUUGCGGUGGCCUCAAACCGCGUCCGACUUUUAACGACUUACGCACGGGGUUAUUUCCCAGCCGCUAAAUACUUCCAAGUUCGCUGUAGACUUGAACUCAACCGUGGCGCGACCGCAGCGCCCAAGCCAUUCCCAGUGCGACCACGGCAUUUCCAAGGUACAAAAAAAAGUGAAACUCAUCCCUACAUUUGAAGUUUGUACAUUCCGUAGAUGCUUGAUUUUGAAGUCGUUUUGAGCCAUUCCAAGUGCGGCCACAUUCAAGCCGUCUUUCAACUUCCUAUUCAUUUCAGAACUGGAUUGAGCCUCGACUUUCAUGGAAUCCGGCCGAUUUCGGUCACAUCGAGUGGUUUUACGCAAAUGAAGACAUUCUCUGGACUCCGCCUUUAGUUGCCUACGGAGCGUAAGAGAAAAUUAGGAAAAUUUAUCCUUUAAGAAAUUUUCAGACAUCAGAUGCAGGACUUCCGGGAGAACAGCCAAAAAAUCGCCAUGGUAAAUAAUCAAUGGAGCGCAGUAGCUCAGAGCCUUUCUUACCUUUUCAUUUUCCUAACUAAUCAAUUUUUUGAAGGUAAACUACGACGGGAGCAUCUCAUCCUACAUACCGCUGAAAUUUUCGACAGUUUGUGCCAUGGAUGUCGGAUUAUUCCCAUUCGACAUUCAACAUUGUAAAGUUCGGCUGGAAAGUCCCUAUUUCUAUUGGUAUGAGAUCGAGUUGAAGACGGGAAUCUUCUCCGGAAUCGACAGCAGUCUUUUGCCGGUUUUGGUGAGUUUUUCCCAUUGGAAUGGCUUGGCAAAAAGUCCAAUUUCAGGGCAACUCCGAAUGGGUCGUAGUAAAUCUGAGCACUACAGUUGAGCUUCAAGCUUUCGCUGAGAGGGACGGGGCUUCGGAAAUAGUCCUAUCUUCCCUUUUUCUUUACAAUGCAAACAUUUUUCAGGCAAUUUUCGCAGUGGCCAUGAGCCGAAAUUCCGGUUUCUACGUUUACAUGUUCAUCGUUCCGGCUUACAUUAUCAAUGGCGUAUCAUUGUGUGGGAUUUUCCUAACUGAUGCUGAUAGAAUGUCGAGGGUGGGUUUGGCUUAUGGUAGCACGUAGAAUGGCUCAACCGACUCAAAACGACUUGCGCUAUGGGGUGUAGAAAAUCCUUGCGACAUGUUAGACUUCUCUAGUCGCCAAUUAGACUUUUUCAGUCAACUACAAAUUUUCAACGUUUAAUUUCUCAUGUUUCACAGAGACGGGGGUUCUCUUCUUUUACUGUAUCAUUACUAACUUAUUUUUUUCUUUGCGGAUGAAAUAUAUUUUUAUCAUCAUUAAUGACCUCCUCUCCACCUCAACUUUGAAAAAAGUGACAUCUUUGAAUUUUCUUUCCUUGGCAACCCUCUCAUGUUUACCUGCUACUUCCAUAUUAUUCUGACCUAACCUGUGAGAGAAAAGAGGCCGCAGACAGGCCAGACUGUUACGCGUAUGGCGGAGAACUACAGUACACUUCGAUUCUUGAGCCAUAACCCCGAUGCAGUCCGCAGUUUUUUUAAGGAGUUUUUUUUAGCUCACCGUUGGGCUGACCACAAUUAUGACUCUCACACUUAUCCAAGGAAUGAUUGCUGACAAAAUUCCGAAGACUCAGCGGAUUCCACUUUUGGGUAAGUCAAAAAGAAUUUUUUUUUCCAGUUAUCAAGAAAAUACCAUCGUUCCUUCAGUACCAAGGGAAAAAUCAUUGGUUCCUUGUUCGUACUUAAUCUACAUCCCUGAUGUUGAUGUCUGUGAACAAACUAAUAUUGAGAAAUAAAUUAAAAAUCUCCCAAUUCGAUUCCAGGACUCUACAUCCUCGUCAACUUGGCCAUUACUCUAUUCGCAGUCCUCGUCGCCACAUUCACUCCAACUGUCGCAAGAUAUAUCAAGCUUUUCAUCCUGUCCAAGGGCAAAAAGUAAGAUCAUCCCAAUACAAAACCUUUCAAAAAAACUUUCAGACCCAACAAGUUUUUCCAAUUCUGGCUACGAGAAGCCGUCUUUCUCCGCCUUUUCCUUCUCAUUAUGGAAACUGUAAAUUCGGUCAACUUUUUCAUCUUCAUGCAGUAUAAUCGGUCACAUCAAUUGUAA